GCUGCGCGCGCGCAUACAGCCUCCACCCUCACCGCCGACGUUACAGCAUUCCACUUUCAAAAACCACAUUCAAUUUAAGAAAAGAACAGCUUUUUGAAACAAUUUCCAUGUUGAGUAGUGAUAAACUACAGUGUUUUGAAGUGUACGUACGUUUUUGAAGUCAAGUGAUACAAGAAUGAUGUUACAAACCAGUGUGUACGCAAAGUGGUUUUACGAUUGAUAUUUUUUGUUUGUCGGUCUGUGUAAUAGCUGUUCUGGGCCAAGAAAUGGGUUUAUAAUUGGUCUAAAUCAAAGGCCGAGAUGGUUAUAAAAAGAAGAAUGUAGGCGAACAACGAUGUCACAGCGGGACUUUUCAGAGGUAGAGCCGACUGGCUCGGCCUCUCUGGGGGCCGCGUCGAGGGCCCUCUUUGUGGAGAAAGUCAGGGCCUCAAACGCAGCCUGCCAAGCGGGGGACUUCGCCACCGCUGUGGCCCUCUACACUGAUGCCCUAACAUUGGACCCUGCCAACCACAUUCUCUACAGUAACAGGUCAGCAGCGAGACUGAAACAAGGUCAGUUCGCCGCCGCGCUUCAGGACGCAACGCGUGCGCGGGAGUUGUGUCCAAACUGGCCCAAAGCUUACUACCGGCAAGGCGUGGCCCUACAAUGCCUGGGCCGCCAUGGCGAAGCCCUCGCCGCGUUCAGCUCAGGGCUGGGCGUGGAGCCGUCGUCUCGUCAGCUGCUCGCCGCACUCGUCGAAGCCUCACUCAAGUCCCCCCUACGCACCACCUUGGAGCCCACCUUCAGGCAGCUCGAAGCUAUGAAACUGGACCAGUCGCCUUUUGUGCUGAUAUCGGUGGUAGGUCAGGAACUCCUGGCAGCUGGACAGUACCAGGCUGCAGUGACGGUGUUGGAAGCAGCACUGAGGAUAGGAUCCUGUUCUCUCAAAUUACGGGGCUCGGUAUUCAGCGCGUUAUCCUCCGCCCACUGGGCGCUGAGCCAGCUGGACGCGGCCAUCAACUACAUGCAGCAAGACUUGGCCGUGGCGAAGUCCCUGGGCGACACGGCGGGCGAGUGCCGCGCCCACGGCAACCUGGGCGCCGCCUACUUCAGCCAGGGUUCCUAUAAGGACGCCCUCACUGCGCAUAGAUAUCAACUCGUCCUAGCUAUGAAGUGCAAGGACACACAAGCUGCAGCGGCAGCGCUCACCUCACUUGGACACGUGUACACAGCAAUUGGCGACUACCCCAACGCACUGGCGAGUCACAAGCAAUGUGUCCAGCUGGUCAAGCAGAUGGGGGACAGGUUGCAGGAAGCACGAGAAAUAGGCAACGUUGGGGCAGUGUACCUGGCUAUGGGGGAGUUUGAAUCCGCCGUGGACUGCCAUACCCAGCACUUGAGACUGGCUAGACGACUGGGUGACCAGGUUGAGGAAGCAAGAGCCUAUUCAAACUUAGGAUCAUCAUAUCAUUACAGAAGAAACUUCUCGCAAGCUAUAGCUUACCACGAGAAUGUGUUGAGGAUAGCUCAGAAUUUGGGCGACAGAGCUAUCGAAGCAAGAGCGUACGCCGGAUUAGGUCACGCUGCAAGAUGUGGCGGUGAUUACGCUCAAGCUAAGAAAUGGCACGAAAGACAACUCGAUGUCGCAUUAGCAGCGAGGGAUAAGGUUGGUGAAGGUCGAGCAUGUUCAAACUUAGGCAUCGUAUAUCAACUUUUAGGCGAACACGACGCUGCCCUUAAGUUACAUCAAGCGCACUUAUCAAUAGCGAGACAAUUACAAGAUAAAGCAGGUAUGGGCCGAGCGUAUGGAAACAUAGGAAACGCGUACUCCGCAGCAGGUUUCUAUGAACAAGCCAUCAAGUACCAUAAACAAGAGCUGACGAUAUCCAAAGAAGUACAUGACAGGAGCUCGGAGGCUUCCACCCAUGGCAACUUGGCCGUGGCUUACCAGGCACUGGGAGCUCAUGAUAUGGCGCUGUUUCAUUAUAGAGCUCAUUUAGGAAUAGCACGAGAACUAAAAGAUGCGGCAGGCGAAGCUUGCGCGCUCCUGAAUCUCGGAAACUGCUUGUCCUCGCGAGGAGAAUUCGCCCAGGCAGUCCCUUACUACGAACAACACCUGAUGCUGUCCCAGGAAUUAGGAGACGUUACUGCUGAAGCAAAAGCUUGCCACUUCUUGGGAUAUGCUCAUUAUUGUUUGGGGAAUUAUCGAGAGGCCGUCAGGUAUUAUGACCAAGAUCUCUCACUAGCCAAAGAUCUCCAAGAUAAAAUGAACAUGGGUAGAGCAUACUGCAAUCUUGGACUUGCUCACCUCGCUUUGGGAAACUUAGAAACCGCCCUGGAAUGCCAGAAAUACUUCUUAGCCAUAGCACAUAUGACCCAACAUUUACAAGGAAAGUUCAGAGCAUUGGGCAACAUCGGUGACGUACUCAUUAAAAUGGGAGAUGUAGAAGAAGCUGUAAAAAUGUACCAGAGGCAGCUCGGAUUUGCCAGACAGGCUAGAGAUAGAUCUUUAGAGGCGGCAGCGUGUGGAGCGCUUGGUCUCGCUAGAAGACUGCAAAGAAGACUAGAUGCUGCUUUGGGGCACCAUACACAGGAACUAACUCUGCGUCAAGAAGCGGGCGAUGCCGCUGGAGAGGCAAGAGCUCACUCACACCUUGGUGCUGUCCAUAUGGCUUUAGGUCAUUACUCCCAUGCAGCCAGAUGUUACAGGGAGCAGUUAGAAAGAGCACAAGAACUACAGGAUUGUGCGCUCGAAGCUCAAGCGUACGGCAAUUUGGGAAUCGCUAAACUAAACAUGGGGCAUUAUGAAGAUGCUAUUGGAUAUUUGGAGCAGCAACUCGCUAUUCUAGAACGAGUGAACACUCCUACUUGCCAGUUAGACAAAGCCAGAGCCCUCGGUUCAUUGGGAGACUGCUACGAUGCUUUGGGCGAUCCUGACGAAGCUGCCAAAUACCACGAACAGCAUCUCGCUUCAGCACUGAAGCUGAAUAAUGCGAGGGAACAAGAACGGGCGUACCGCGGCCUGGGACUUAGUCACAAAACUGUGGGAAAUCUUCAACAAGCACUAGUGUGUCUAGAGAAACGACUAGUAGUGUCGCAUGAGCUGGGCGUGCCAGAAGCUAAAGCACAGGCUUACGGCGAACUCGGUGCUCUGCAUAUAGCGCUCGGCAACUUGGAGCAGGCUGUGUCCUGCUUAGAACACCAGAAAAAUAUUGCCAAGGAACUGAAUAACCAAAUAAUGGAAGCAGAAGCGUGCCACUCCCUUGGCGUGGCUCAGCACGCGCUCGGUGACCACGCAGCGGCAGUCAGACAUCACCGCGCUGAACUGGAGCUAACGCAUAGACUCGGACUUAUACAUUUACAGGCUAGGGCGUGUGGCGGUCUGGGAGCAGCACAUGCGUCUAUGGGUGCUCACGCCGAAGCAGCUCGCUGGCAUGAAUCCAGAUUGCGACAUGCUACUGCUGCAGGUGAUGCAAGAGGUAGAGCACAAGCCCUAGCGGAUUUGGGCAGAGCUCACUUAGCGAUGGGAGCUUGUGGCAGUGCAGUGUCGUAUUUGAGACAAGCAUUGGCUGCCACUGAAGGCUUGGCUGAUGUUGACGAAGAGGCGCGAGUCCGUCAUAGACUAGGGUUCGCGCUAUGGGCUUCAGGUGAACUUGAAGAAGCGAAGGAACAACUUCAAGCAGCACUCACAGUACUUGAGUCUGGACAUGAGAAACACCGGGACAGAAAGAUAGCUGCACUGUACACUUCGACACAGCACGCUUUGCAGAGAGUACUCGUUGAAUUGGGACGUCAUUCCGAAGCAUUGGUUGUAGCAGAACGCGGACGAUGCCGUUCACUGGACAUUUUCAAUGAUAAACAAUCUGGCUCUUUGAAUCAGGUCAACCUAGAGUUGCACUCAGCACAAAGGAAUGCCUCUGAUGAGCCAAGCAAAGACCGUAUCGAGCUGUGGAGUCCAGCAACUGUAGAUCAUAUCAUAGAGGUAGUAAAUAAACAGAAGGCUCCCGUACUAUAUUACAGUUUGGCUGCUGGAAGACUUUAUGCGUGGUUACUUCAGCCACAUAAAGGCAUUCUAAGAUUCCAUCAGGUAUCGCUGGUGGAAGAAGCAGAUGACAGUGAUAACAGUCUGCCCGACAUUAGCCCUGAUGAUCUGCAUCCGAAUACUGCUGGACUAGGUAAACUAGAAAGAUGUAUCAAUGAAUGGUCAAGUUGGUUGAAAACUGCAGCUGAACGUAGACCAGAAAACGAGGAUCAAUGGGAACCUGAUGAGCGGCCUAACGCAGGUCUUGCUAGAAUGGUGACACGCAACCAUCUCCUGAAUUCGUCCAAUUACUCUUUAAGUUCAUUGUUCAGCGUUGGGUCAGUCGGCGGGUCGGUUGCCGGCUCAGUUGCCAGCUUGCAGGGGUCCACGAGAUCCAGUGUCCACGGCCCUCGUAAGAAGCAGCCCUCCUGGCAAGGGCCACCUUGCCUCAAUUCGUUGUAUCAGAUGUUGCUCGCUCCCUUUGAAGACUUGUUACCUGCUUCUUGUAAUAAUAAUCAUGCAUCACACGGCCGUCGAGGUUGUGGAGGUCGUCGGGAAAUAAUUCUUGUGGUAGAAGGAGCUCUGUACACUUGUCCUUGGGGAGCACUUCGCGGUAACACUGAUGCUGAACCACUUUGUGAAAGAUACGCACUGUUGGCUGCCCCGGCACUGCGCCCGCUGCGGCAUCAGAGACAUUUGCGCGCUAGACCCCAUCACGAUCAUGGUGCAUCAGCAUCUAACAGCAACCAAGAAGCAGGCAUGCGUUGCCUAGUGGUCGGUGCGCCAAGAGUCGGCGGCUCGCGGUGGGCAUCGGCACACGCACAACUGAAGGAGGCAGAACUCGUCGCUGAUAUGCUGCGAGUCACACCCCUUACUGAUUAUCAGGCUUCAAAAGAGGCAGUUCUGACACAACUAGCACAAGCAGAGUGUAUACACUUCGCCACCCACAUCUGUUGGAAGACUCCCGCCAUCGUGCUCAGUCCUGGUGAAGUGGUAGACUCUCAGGCCAAACGACUUCUCAACACGAGUGUUGGAAGCGGUGCUGCUGACACCUCUACGGAAAAUGAAGAAGAAAACACAGAAUUGCCUGCAAGUAACGAAGAACUACCACCAGCUUCAGAGUUCAUGCUCACUGCUUCUGAAAUUAUGAAUCUGAAGAUCACGGCGAGAUUGGUGGUAAUAUCCUGUGCCCCAUCAAGCGUGGCCCUUCAAGGGUCAUCUUCCGAGGAGUCGGAAGACGUGAUGACUGCCGGCGAGGGUGUCUCCCGUCUGUGCCGCGCACUGCUAGCGGCUGGUGCUCAAGCCAUCCUGCUGACUCUAUGGCCAGCGCCUCAAGACACUGCUACCAAGAUACUGUAUAGAGCGCUCUACUCUGCUUUACUGCAAGGAAGCCGGGUGGCCAAAGCUCUCGGUGACGCAAUGCAAACUGUCCGCCACACAAAGCAUUUCGCCCACCCCGCUCACUGGUCUGGCCUGGUGCUGCUCGGUGCUAACGUGCGCCUGAGCAACAAGGUGGCGCUUAUGGGACAAGCGCUCUGCGAGUUGCUGGCUCAGCCUGACAAGUGCCGUGACGCAUUACGAGUGUGCCUGCACCUGGUAGAGAAGUCCUUGCAGAGAAUUGUGAGAGGACAGAAGAACGCGAUGUACACCACACAGAAGAGCAUAGAGAACAAGGCAGGCAAUGCUACUGGAUGGAGGGAAUUGCUGAUGAGUGUUGGAUUCAGAUUUGAACCUGCCGCUAAUGGAAUUCCGUCAAGUGUGUUCUUCCCUCAAAGUGAUCCUGAAGAAAGAUUAACCCAAUGUUCUGCUAGCCUUCAAGCUUUAUUAGGUUUAACGCCAACAACCCUUCAAGCACUAUCGAAACUGAUUUCAAAUGGCGACGUGGCCGACGAUAUCAUAGGUGUCAUACGUUCAGUCAUAUCUCAGUUCUCUGCCAAGAACUCUGAGAGUGAUACCAUUGAAGUUGCCGUGAAUGUCAGGUUGUGGAGAGUGAACGGAUGCCACGAGCUACUGGCGUCACUUGGCUUCGACCUGGCGGAAGUAGGCCAAGACGAGGUGACCUUACGCACUGGCAAAACAGCAAAUAGGCGGCACAUACAAUUUGUACUACAAGCGCUUCUGGCACUCUUUGACACCCAAGAAGCCCCACGAAGUCUGAGUCUAGAAUCCAGCUCAAGCGUCGAAUCGCUAGCUUCAAUCGACGAUGGAGACCUGGAGCCUCACUCUGAUGGAGAACCACCUCCAAGGCAGCAUAGACAAGAAAGUGUAUCAUCAGUGCCACCGCCACCGUUGCCUCUUGGCUCUUGCGGAGGUGCGUUCACGAUGUACGUGCGAGGAUCGACGUCGUCCACGGAGGUGGGGCGCGGGGAGCCCGACGGCCGCACGGCCCCGCCGCCCGCGCCGCCGCCGCCGCGCUACCGCGGGGAGAGCGACGCCGCCUUCACUCCGUCUCCACCGGCCGCCCCCGCACCAACCUCCACCGCACCUCAACGAGACGUCUCGCUAGCCCUAGCACACCAAACUAAAAUAAGAACUCUAUACACCCGUCGACCACCUUCGACCGACGACUCUGAUUGGGAAGGCUCCGGUCACGACACCGUGUUGCGAAGACGUCCAGAACAUUCCCAUACUAGAUACUUAGAUGCUUUCUACGAUUUAGCCUCAGCUCAACCUAGAAGAACGGAAGAAGAAAAGCCCGAACCACCUAUGAAUCAACCUUCCACUUCGAAACGAGUUCCGAGACCUAAAAUGGGCACCAGCAGUAGAGACUCAUUGGCUCAAGUGCGACAUAUGAGCGGAGAACUGACUCCCACUAUAUCUGAAGUGUACCACGAAAGAAACAUUGGCUUAGGCCUCGCUCCUCCGCUAGCAGAGCUAUUGUUAGCUGAAGACUCGAAAACAGAAAUGAGAGCUGCCAGUUCAAGUGAGAAUUUACUACUUCAGAACUUGGAGAAACUUGGUCUUUUAGGAGAUCCGAAUGAGAAUGAAGAGAGAUGGUGCAGCGGUAACUCUUCCAGGCCUUGGUUGUCAGCACCGCCUUUGGAAACAGACGUUCAAGGUUCCGACCUGACUACAGCGGAAAUUAUUGAGCGUCAGACGAAAUUCAAGAAGGACAUAGAGCCAAAGAGGAAAGAAGAGAAUGCGUAUGAGUUGAAGCCUAAGGAAGAGACUCCAGGACCGAGUGGGAUUGAGAAGCGCUCUGUGUCUCCUUUUUCGGAGCUUUCUCGUCGCGAUGAAGGAGAUGGGCGUAGUAUAGCUGAUUCGCAUUCGUCUUAUAAAGCUCUGGUACUAAGCCCGAGGGCGCCGUAUUUGCCAGAAGAGGGUGAACCAGUAAUGAGUACCAACAACGACGGAGGCAAGACUCACCCUAGAGUCCGCCGACCUCCAGUGCCACGGACGAGACCAACGUAUACGACACUAGACUUCCCAUCGGGUAAAUGAAUAUUUAAAGGACAAGUUCUCAUCAUACUCGAAAGUGUAAACAUUAUACAUAUAACAUUACUAGAAUAUUUAACUGUACAUAAUUAUACCUGAUAUUCCACAGUAAUAAGUGUAAAAUUAGAUUAAGGACUCAGAGCUAGAAGUUAUAAUGCCUAAUACGUUUAAUAUUAUAUGUUAUGUAGAACUGAAUGGUAGGUUUAAUAAAUGGCUAUGAAGAAAAUAAAUACUUAUAUAAUGCAAAUAAAAUAAUGACAUGACAACUUGUUUUAAGACUUGAUCUAUUAAAUAUAUCUACUUUAAUCCUAAAAUAAAUAUACGUAAAGAUAAGGUGUUAGUUAAUAUUAUUAAUAUAAAUACUUCACAGUAACUGUAAUUACUAUUUAUUAUUUAAUUAAAUAAACAAUGUAUAUAGCAGUUUUAAAGCUUAACAAUAAUCAUUCCUAUG